AUGGGCACAAAACGAGCACACUCCGAGCUCGCUUCGGAGGGGGCAAUCACAGACGACACCCAUGAGCAGCAAUCGGGCUCGGAAAGCGGCGAGCACGAGACAAAGCGGUUCAAGGCCACCAAGAAGAAGUCCAGGGCAAAGGAGGGGACUACGAACUGGAACAAGACGCGCGCGAGAACCAUCAGGAGACUUUUGCAGAGCGGCAAGCAGCUGCCCGCGACGAAACGCAAUGAACUGGAACAAGAGCUGGAUGCGCUGCAGGAGAGGGUCGAGGAGCACGACUUCAAGAAGAGAAGAGGCAACAUGAUUCAAAAGUACCACAUGGUUCGCUUCUUUGAACGGAAAAAGGCAGAGAGACUACUGAAGCAGCUCCGCAAGAAGCUCCAGCAAUCCGAGGACCCCGAAGAAAAGAAGCGCCUUGAGGCCGAGGCCCACGUAGCCGAAGUCGACGUCGCCUACGCCCGCUUCUUCCCUCUGAUGGAGCGCUACGAGAGUCUGUACCCCAAGGAUAAGAACGCCAAGGAGGAGGGAGACGAGGAGAAGGACGAGGGAGAGCAGCAGCAAGAGGAAGACAAGCAGGGUGAAGCGGAUGCGGAUGCGGAUGCGGGUGCGAAGCCCUUCAAGAAGCCCAAGGCCUUGCAGUUCCUCCACGCCGAACGACCCAAAAUGUGGGCGACGGUUGAGAAGGUCCUGCCGGAGGGAGAAGCGGCGCUGUACCGGCUACGCGAUCGCAGGUCGCCGACAGACGGCCCCGCACGGCGCCAGUCACGGCCGCAGCGGCCCACGAGGCAGAUCCAACAGACGCGGCCGGAGAGGGUCAAGGAAGAGGACCCGUGGGUGGCCAGGUCGAAGAAGACGUGGGAGCCGAAGAAGGACGCCAAGCAGCCGAUGAACCGGAGGGAGCGAAGAGCGGCUGAGAGGAAGGCCCCUGCGAAGGUGGAAGAGGAGGAUGACGGCACAGGCUUCUUUGAGUGA